AUGGGACCUUUCAAGCCAAAGCUAAUACUCCACUGCCUCAUCCAUUCUCUCUAUUCUCAUCCCUUUCAUCGUCUUUACUCUUUUGGCUACUACUCCACCGCUUCAUUCAUUCUUUGUCUAUUCACAUUCCUUUCAUCGAAGAACAAGUUUGUGUUUGCCGACGCUUCAACAUCUGCUGAGACAAUAUUGAAAACCCCAUUAAGAUUUCAUAUAAAGAAGCAGAAGAGUCAAAAAGUUACCAUUAUUGAAGACUUUGAUAUAUCUGGUCUUAAGCUUAUUAAAGUUCCUAAAAGGAGGCAGAGUUCUUCACAGAAUAUGGAGAGGCAAGCAGAUACCAAAUUUAGAAAGUUACCGGCAAGGGUAGCUAUGGAGUUGUGGCUUCUGCUAUUGAUAUCAAAAUAGGAGAAAGAUUUGUUAUCAAGAAAAUUAAUAACGUGAUUGAGCAUGUAUCUGAUGCCAUUAAGAUUUUAAGAGAAACUAAGCUUCUUCGGCUGCUAAGGCAUCCUGAUAUCGUAGAAAUAAAGCACAUCUUGUUACCCCCUUCUUGUCGAGAGUUUCACUGAGGUGUGCUGGCUGUUUCAUACUAACACCCGGUCGCCAUUUGCAACUAAAUUUAUAUGUACUCAUUAAGCUAUU